UCCGCCGCGCUCAGCGGGGCUGGGGCGGCCCCUCGGUAGCGCCGGGAGCGAGCUGAGGCCCGCGGGACAGCAGCCGCUUCUCCGCCGCGGGGCUGGGUCUCCAUCAGCCCCGGCAGGUCACAGCGCUGUCCGAGCGCGGCGGGCGGGCGGGCGGUGCUGCCGGGCAGGGGCUCGCCGCUGGAGGAGCUGGGCAGCGAGCGGAGCCCACCUGUUCUGUACGCGGCAUUUCGGCGGCGGUACCGCGGGCAGGGAGGGAGCUCCGGCUGCCGUGGGAAAUUGCUGUAUGGAAGGCUACCUCAGGUUUUUUUGAUAAGCAGGCAUGGCUGUCACACUGCAUACUGACGUGGGAGAUAUUAAAAUUGAACUGUUCUGUGAGCGUACUCCCAAGACUUGUGAGAAUUUCCUGGCUCUUUGUGCUAGUAACUACUACAACGGAUGCGUAUUUCACCGAAAUAUAAAGGGCUUCAUGGUUCAGACAGGGGAUCCAUUAGGCACUGGGAAAGGAGGUAACAGCAUCUGGGGCAAGAAGUUUGAAGAUGAAUUCAGUGAAUAUCUAAAGCACAGUGUCCGUGGGGUAGUUUCCAUGGCAAACAAUGGUCCCAACACCAAUGGAUCACAGUUCUUCAUCACUUAUGGCAAACAGCCACACCUGGACAUGAAGUACACGGUGUUUGGAAAAGUUAUUGAUGGCUUGGAGACCCUGGAUGAGCUGGAGAAGCUGCCUGUGAAUGAGAAAACCUAUCGACCUCUUAAUGAUGUUCGCAUUAAAGACAUUACAAUUCAUGCCAACCCUUUUGCUCUGUAGCCACAGAAUGCCUCAACACAUUCUUCAGAGACUGGUCAGAUCAUUCCCAAAUCAUGGGGAUUUAAAGAGCCAUCAAGAAGGAUUACUUCUGCUGGAUCAUAUAUUUGCUCAUUGAAUGCAGAAUUUUCAGGAGCUGUGACAUUGUUUGGGAGUUGUCACAGAGAAGUCUUGCGCUUCAGAAGCCAGGUUUUCCAGUGUAUCUUCCAGCAUUUUGAUUUUUAAACACUGUUUUUUAUACUUGUAAAAUAAAAAAAAAAAACCUUUAUUUUUUUUUCCUAA